UAAAGCUCUAAUAUCAGUAAGGGAAAAAAAAUGAACCCCCUUCGUCUCAUAGCCACAGCUCUGUGCUGUAUUGCAAUCAUGUUUGGAGGAUUAACCUUCCCCUCAAAUGCCCAACACACUUAUCAAUUUUCCCGUCAAACUUGUCCCGGAUCGCAGUGUAUUGUCUCAAAUGCACAACUUGAUCCAUUUUUUUAUAGUCAAACUUGUCCCCAAUUGCAGUCUAUUGUAAAUCAAAUCUUAGUCAACGUUGCUACGAAGGAUCCCCGAAUGCCUGCUAGUCUCAUCAGGCUCCACUUUCACGAUUGCUUUGUUCAAGGUUGUGAUGCAUCCGUUUUGUUGAACACAACUUCUACUAUUGCGAGUGAGCAAGAAGCCUUCCCAAAUACCAAGUCCUUAAGAGGUUUAGAUGUUAUAAACCAGAUCAAAACAGCUGUGGAAAGUGCUUGUCCAAACAUUGUUUCUUGUGCUGAUAUUCUUGCACUUUCUGCUGAAUUAUCUUCCGUUUUGGCCGGAGGUCCAGGUUGGUCGAUUCCGCUGGGAAGAAGAGAUAGUCUAACAGCUAAUAAAGCCCUUGCUAAUCAAAAUCUUCCAGGUCCAUCUUCCAGUCUAAGUGAACUGAAAUCUGCUUUCGCUGCUCAAGGCCUCAGCGCACUUGAUCUAGCAUCACUAUUAGGUGCUCAUUCAUUUGGAAGAUUGCGUUGCAAAUUUUUCCAUAGUCGAUUAUACAACUUCCACAGUACUGGAAAGCCUGAUCCAGCUAUUGAUCCAACUUACUUAAAAGUAUUACAAAAUCAGUGUCCUCAGAACGGGUGUGGAGAAGAAAACCUUGUCAAUUUUGAUCCAACGAGUCCAGAUAAUUUGGACAACAACUUCUACAAAAAUCUUCAAGGUAAAAAGGGUUUGCUCCAAAGUGAUCAAGAAUUGUUCUCAACACCAGGUGAAGAUACUACUAUUUUUGUCAACUUUUUUGCCAUUAGCCAAUAUGUUUUCCAUCAGAAUUUUGGGGCUUCGAUGAUUAAAAUGGGAAAUAUUGGCGUGCUUAUGGGAAAGAAAGGUGAAAUUAGAAAACAAUGCAAUUUUGUUAACCAGCAAUCUUUUGUUGCCCCAGUGACCUCCACAGGAUCAUUUCAGGGGGGUUGGGCUAAUUCAAGAUACGUAUAGUUUGAAAUAAAGAAAUGAUAGCUAGGUACAUUUGUGCCAUAAGCUUUGUUACGUGCUUUGUGUGUGUGUAAGCUUUGUUACGUGCUUUGUGUGUGUGUGUGGAAGAUAAUUUUCUUUUAUGUAAUGUUUUAAAUAAUAUUCACUCUUACCAAUUACAAGCUCUUGUUCCUUUGCAUUGAUUGAAAAUAAA